CUCAGUCAAAACAUGGGGGCCUACAAACUACUAGUGAAAGGCGCAAAGCAAGUCGUUACAGUACGCAAUGAUGAAAACGUACGGGUUCUCCGGGGGAAAGAGAUGCAACAUGUAGACAUCAUCGAUGCAAAGGGCGAGGACGGCGUUAGCAUCCUCGUGGACAGUAAUGGUAGGAUAGAAUUCGUCGGUCUGGACUCGGAACGAGUGUCUAAGUAUCCCAGGAGUGAGGACGAGGCGGAGCAAGUUAUAGAGGCCAAGGGGAAAUGCAUUGUUCCUGGUCUAGUGGAUGCUCACACCCAUCCAGUAUGGGUCGGGGAUCGAGUCCAUGAAUUUGCAAUGAAGUUAGCAGGUGCUUCUUAUAUGGAGGUACAUGAAGCAGGAGGGGGUAUUCAUUUUACAGUGGAACAUACAAGGAAAGCUUCUCAAGACGAGCUGUACGUCAGCUUCAGCAAACGUUUGUAUGACAUGAUGUCAGCAGGAACUACCUGUGUGGAGUGUAAAAGUGGAUACGGUCUUGACACAGAGACGGAGAUAAAGAUGCUGAAGGUGAUUGAAACAGCAAAACGAGAGCACCCACUGACGAUAUCCUCAACAUUCUGUGGAGCUCAUGCCAUUCCGAAGGGAUCUACGGCUGAAAAAGCUACAGAGGACGUAAUAAAUAACCAACUACCCGCAAUCAAACGUCUUAUGAAAGAAGGCCAGCUCCAUGUCGAUAAUAUUGACGUCUUUUGCGAAAAGGGUGUGUUCGAUUUAGAACAAUCCCGUGCUAUACUAGAGGCGGGAAAAGCUGCCGGAUUACAAAUUAAUUUUCACGGGGAUGAAUUACAUCCUCUUAAUGGCGCAAAGAUGGGUGCAGAAUUAGGGGCCCUUGCAAUUAGUCACCUAGAGGAGAUUUCUGAGGAGGGUAUCGCUGCCAUGGCUAGUUCCGGGUCAGUGGGCGUGGUGCUUCCUACCACCGCCUACAUCCUGAGGCUGAGGCCCCCACCGGUCAGGAGGAUGCUUGAGGCGGGGGUGGCGGUCGCGCUGGGCUCAGAUUUUAACCCUAAUGCUUACUGCAUGGCAAUGCCCACGGUGAUGCAUUUAGCGUGCGUGUUGCUGAGGAUGACGAUGCCAGAGUCGCUGAUAGCCGCCACCCUUAAUGCUGCGUCCGCCCUCGGCUUAUCGAAAGAUUAUGGAUCCUUGUCACGUGGAAAAUACGCUGAUUUGGUUAUCAUUGAUGCUCCAAGAUGGGAACAUCUGAUUUACCAGUUUGGAUGUCAUGACAAAAUUAUCGAUUACGUCAUCAAGAACGGUCACAUUGCUCAUACAAAAUAUGAAUGUUGUGGUUAAAUACGAAAUCUUGAAAAAGAAAUACAUGAUUUUUAUUUUACAUGUAUUUGAAACUUCAAUCAACGUUUUAUUUAAGUAUCAUAAUAAACGUUAAAUUUCAAAGAAGCAGGUGUUUUGAAAAUAAAGCUGGUAAAUUUUUUUAAAACAUAUUCAU